AAUAUGUAUUUUACUUUUGAGUGAUAGGACUAUUAACGUCGAAAAAUGUAAAUUUAAAUAAUAAUAGAAUAUUUAUAUAAAAGUUAAAUCAUAUUAUAUUAUAUUAUGUUAAUUUGGUUUUAAAAUGUUUAAAGAAUGUUUCAAGUUUUACAAGCAAAUUAAUUCACUUGAACAACAAAUAGAUGUUAUAGACUUUUCAAAUGAAGUCAAUACCAAAAUCAUGAAACCUAAGAAAUUAACAUCAGAAUUUUUUAACAAUGAUAAAGAAAUACUGGAUGAUCUUGGUUUAAAGAGUGAUUUAUCAGAUUGGAAUUGUUAUGAUGUUUUAAAUGUACCUGGCUUAAUUUUUAUUAAAAAUCCAUUUACAUCAACUGGUCAGAAAUAUUGGAUGAAACGGUGCAUUGUAGACUAUACGAGGAAGCCAAAUCGAUUAAAUAUUGAUGCCCACCAUAUCCUUGGCGAUGGAGAAGAUUGGUGGACUACAACAAAUAAGAAUGGAAAUGUGAAACUUAGAGAUCAAUUACGAUGGGCCACCCUUGGGUACCACCACAAUUGGGAUACAAAAGUGUAUUCUGAAACCGCAAAAUCCAAAUUUCCAAUGGACUUAUUUAAGCUUAGUAAAACCAUCAUCAAUUUAUUAGAAUUCCCGGAUGAAUUUAAAGCAGAAGCAGGUAUUGUAAAUUUUUACCAUCCGUCAUCAACACUCUCUGGACAUACAGAUCACUCCGAGUAUAAUCUAAGUGCCCCACUAUUGUCAAUCAGUUUUGGUUUAAGUGCCAUAUUCCUUAUUGGAGGACGUUCAUUGGAUGACAAGCCAUCAGCUAUACUUUUAAGGUCGGGUGAUGUUAUUGUUAUGAGCAAGGAAAGCCGAUUAUUUUACCAUGGUGUACCAAAAGUGCUGUUACCUAAAAAUGAUCAACAUUUUAACAAUGACAAUGAGUUGGAGGAUCCUUUUAAGAGCUUUAUGCAAGUUACAAGGAUUAAUAUAAAUGUUCGACAAGUGAAUAAUAUCGUUUUAAACAAAUAAUUAAACUUAAUUGUAUACCAAACUGUAAACAUUACCCACAAAUAAAUUAUUUAUAUAAACA